CUCAAAGUUCUUGACUUGGGCUGUGUUUCAGGAAUUGUGAGGAUUGAACCUGUUGGGUGGGGGAAGAUUUGGAGAAUGAGAACAGCUCUUAUAAUUCUGGGCUUGACCCUCUCUUUGGUGGCUACUGCAAGAGCCAGAACCCGUUUUACUCGAUACCGCUCAUGGAAUUCAAGAAUGUACCCAGUGUGGAGAGAUAGUGAUCCCCGAUACAGGGACUGCUGGAAAGGAGGACAGGUAACAUUUGACAUCAAGAAUGAUGCCCCAACCCUGAUAGGAGCCAAAACAACAUUCAAUAUUAAUGUUCUUCCUCCUGGGAAUCAGACAGUGCUGCCUAACGGGACAGUGGUGUGGAGUCAGAACUGCACUAUUAAUGGAACCCAGUACAUAAAGGGUGAACAUGUUUACCCAGAAUUCAACACUUCCCAAGAAUGGACAGGGUUUUUUCCUGAUGGCACACCAUUCACUACAACUUUGGCUAAGAAACCUCGCUUCAUUUUUGUGUGGAAGACGUGGGGUCGAUAUUGGCAAAUGGCUGGUGGUCCUUCCUCUGCACUCACUAUUGGAACAGACAAUGUAGCACUGGGCUCUUACAACAUGGAGGUGGUUAUUUAUCAUUGCCGAGGAAAGGACAGAUUUAUUCCUCUUGGAUAUGCAUCAACACAGUUCUCUAUCACAGAUCAGAUUCCAGUUGUAGUGACACUGUCCCAGACUGGAGAUGUUAACCAGGCAGAUCAGAGCUUUAUCCAGAAUCGUCCUGUAACCUUCAACGUUGGUGUCCAUGACCCCAGCCAGUACCUCGGUGGGUCUGACGUCACCUUUACCUGGGACUUUGGAGACAACAGUGGGACACUUAUCUCCCGUCAACCCUCUGUUACACACACUUACCUCUCAAUCGGCUCAUUUAGGCCACAGCUUGUACUGAUGGCUGCCAUCCCAAAUGGCUGCUUUCCAAAUCCAACCGCUGGUGGGGACAUAACUGCAGUGACAGUGGCAUCAGAAGCUCCAGCUGAACAAACCACCUAUAUGGCUGCCUCUCCUCAGCCUGUACUUGAGCAAGAAAUCAUAGCUUCUGUUGAUCCAGCAGCAGCUAACAACUUAGCUGCAGCUACAACUAAUGAUCAGGAGGCAGUAACUGCUGCUGAAAAUCAAGUUUCUGAUGUUCCAGCCACUUCUGAAAUAGAUACAGAUGGUAUUGUAGAGACAGAGGGCCUUGCAGUUAUUGAUGCUGCAGCAUCUGUCCCCCCUCUUGAAGAGGGUGUGGCUGAGUCAGCUGUCACCGAUACUACCGUUUUGGAAGCUGCAGCAGCUGCCAAUGGAGAGACAGACACAUUAGCACCUGCUGCCGAUAUUAUAAUUAAUAUUGUGGCCACUGAUACUACAGUUGUUCAAACAGUGGCAUCUACAGUACCAGUAAUUGAGGGUGAGAUUGUGGAAAUUGAAGCUACUCCAAAUGAAGUCAUAGCUGAAGCUGUAAAUAUUGAUACUGUUACAGCUGCUGUUAUUCCUACCACAUCCCAAACAACACAGAAUGAGAUAGAUGGUGAAGGAACAGAGGAAACACAGGCUGCUCUGAGUAUUGCAAAACGACAAGCUCCAGAAAUUCCAGCUGAGGAAAACUGCAUAAUUUACCGCUAUGGCUCUUUCUCUUCAACUUUGGAUGUUGUUCAGGGAAUUGAAAGUGUGGAGAUUGUGGAGGUGAGUAAUGUUGCAGUUUUGGCCACCAACUUGGAGCAAAAUGCUGUGGAUCUCACAGUCACCUGCCAGGGAAGCUUGCCAAGUGAAGUGUGCACCAUGGUUAUGGAUUCAGACUGUAUCAGUCCUUUGCAGACGGAGUGUAACGCUGUGACUCCAACAGAGUGUCAGAUGAUCCUUCGCCGUUUUUUUAAUGAUUCUGGAACUUUCUGCAUUAAUGUGUCUCUGACUAAUGAUGUCAGUUUUGCUGUAACCAGUGCAAGACUCAGUGUCACUGUGGAUUCAGGCUCCUCUACAGCAGGUGCUGCCGCUGCUGUACUUGGUGUUCUUGUACUUGUCUGUGCUGUAGGCACCAUCGCGUUAACUUACCGGCGAAUGAAGGCAUAUCGUACACUCGAUGAAAACUCAACAGAUGGCAUCGUGAGUAUUUCUGGUUUGAAGUCUGUUCCAAUGAUAGUGUGGAACUUUCUGACAAGACAGGGCACUGGAGAGAGCCGCCCUCUGCUGCAGGGGAGAGUGGUGUGAACACACACACGUUUACACACACACACCUCACACACAUGCUAACUUACACUAAACACGAUCCAGACAUAUUCUUAUGUUUGUGUUGAUGUGAUAUUCACAUAAUCCAAUUAGGGGCUAAUGUUUAUUUAGGUUUACAAUAGUAUGAGCAGAACUAUAGGAUAUGUAUGCAAUGCUGGUUUUAUCCCAGUUGAAAUAGAUGGUUCGAACUUAUCUUAAGAGUAAAAACACUGGUAAAAAAAAUCAGCCUGCUUCUGAACAUAAUGCAAGGGAUUUAUGUUAUAUGUUUUGAAUAUAGAAAUGUUUUGGCUUAAAUGAUUAUCACUGCAUGCCUAAUACACUCACAACCCCAGAUGCUGUGUUAGCACUGUGUUUUUAAGGAAAUGGAUGAAUAAUUUGAUUGAAAUUUUAUGUACAGUACUAUUUUACAGGACUACAACCGUGACUUGAAAUGAAUGAAAGAAAACAAUGUCCUUUACCGAUGUUACUUAAAACUAGUGGAUUUAUGGAUUUGCUAUAUAAUUUAUACAGAUCAUUAUGGGUAACAAAAAAUCCUGGCUGAUAAUGAAGAUGUAGUUCAUUUCUGUUAAAAUUAAGGUGCUAUGCUUUUCUCUAUUACUAAAGACAUGUUCUCCUGCAAUAAAGAAUUUUUUGUGCUUUACAA